CUGGCUGUGAGGCUGGGGAGUAUACGUCUUUCACCGUUAUGACACAGAUUUUUUCAUUUGGAUUUCAUGAUAUUAUGUGAAUGAGUGAGAGUAGGAAAGCGUCCCACACGAACGGACGACCCGAAGGUCAAUGUUAGAUUUUCCUCGUAAGGUGAACGUGAAUAAAAAGUCUAUCAAAUACCGCACCAUUAUUCCGAUUUCCAUUCUCUAAGACAAGCGCCCACACACUUGUGGUUCCUCGUAACCUUGCCACCAACGCGAUUGACAUUAACUCCUUGGCACUGCCAGACGCUACUAGGCGUUUCGAUAAGCGCACUCACUACUACGAAUACGACUCUUCGCCUAUGGCGCACUUGGAGUUGAACCCGCUCUCCGUUCGUUGCACACCAGCAGUUUUUUCUUAUGAUCAUGCCUGCGUCAGCGUCGCCGUCAGCCGCGUCUGCGCGGAAAAAUCAAUAGAUUGUUCUUGUAAAAAGUAGUACUAGCUAGCUACGAUUGUAGCUGCUUCUUCAGAAUACUUUUGAAUUAAACAAUGUUGAUUAGUAGAAGACCAGUUGUGUGUCACUCUUAAAAGCUGCUUCUCUAAUCCCUACGUC